AUGGCCACCACAACUCCUGAGUCCCAUCCGAAUCUCAUUAUUCACGUCGCCGAAAAGACCAAUUCCAACAGUCCAGGAGCAGACAUCUGGCACGCUCUCGAUGCGGCCGUCGGUGCCAUAUUCCCCAACCAGCUCUUCACCAUCUUUGUCUAUGACGAGGCUACCGGUACGACGUGUCGUCUUUAUACCACGCGCAACGACGUCCAGCUCCCUGGUGCGCGUAAAAGGGUGACUCAAAGUGCGUGGUCGAAACAGGUUCUUCAAGACGGCAAGCAGUUCUAUGGGCAAUCAAUUGAGGAUAUCAAGAAAUCCUUUUCUGAGUGGGAGUUUCUGUCUACCAUUGGCUGUGAAAGCGUAUUGAACACGCCUGUUCGGAACAAUGCGACUGGUGCCAUAGUGGGAACCCUAAACAUUCUGGGCGAGCCACAUGCGUUCGAUGAGUCUCCAGCCAAGUUGGCUGUCGUACUAGGUCAACUGGUCUCAGGAACUAUUGAAAGUUGUAGAGAGGACAUAGUAUCAGUACCUUUUGGCGGGAAGGUGGAAACCGUACAGGCUCAUUACAUGGCGUUUGAUGCCGUAUGCAUGGGUGGAAUAGGUGUACCAAUGGUUUAUGAAAUGAUAUUGGAAUGA